AUGUUGAUGUUGAUGUUGAAUUCGGUAAUUUCCCCGGCUAGGCUGCAAUGAGGAGUUGAUAGCGUUUUUUAGGCCACUUAAUUUUCUUCACAGUAACUUAACUAGAUGCUCAGAAAAAUCUCUCACAGUGGUGUGUGUGUGAGAUUUUACCUUGACCGAAGUCUUUGCUCAGCCCGCUGACCACAGAAACUUGUAAAUAUGUCUCAGGAGGGAUAUCAGUCACCAGCAGUGAAAACCACCGCCGACGUCAGCUUGAACACACUUGAAACACAGAGGAGCAAUCCUGGGAAAACACCUAUACAAAUCUUGCAUGAAUAUGGCACCAAAACUGGCAACCUUCCAGUGUAUGUGAUGGAGAAGGCUGAAGGAGAAGCUCACCAGCCCAGCUUCGUCUUCAGUGUCAAAAUCGGAGACGUGGGCUGCACAGGUCAAGGUCCCAGUAAAAAGGCUGCUAAACACCUUGCUGCAGAGGCUGCCCUGAAUAUGCUGCAAAUAGAUGCUGGAACAGUGAAUGUUCCUGUGAAGUCUGAGAGUAAUGGUGUUGCAGCAGAAACAAACAAUCAUCCCAACUCAGUCGGGAUACUGCAGGAGCUAGCGUUGCAGAGAGGAUGGCGUCUUCCUGAAUACACAGUUGUAACGGAAGCUGGUCCGCCACACAAGAGAGAAUUCACUGUUACUUGUCGAAUGGAGUCCCUGUCAGAGAAGGCUAUAGGAAACUCAAAAAAGGCAGCAAAAAAGGCAGCUGCAGAGAAAAUGGUGGCAAAACUUCAAAGUCUGUCAGGCUGUUCUGAAAUCACAUGGACGCCUAAACCAAGUGUCCGAUUUGAGAACUUAAGGAACUCAUCAGCAGAGAAGAUGUCUUUACUAAGAAGAAAUCCCCUGAGCAUUCCCAACACAGAUUACAUUCAGAUGAUGUUGGAAUUGUCCAAGGAGCAAGGCUUUGAGGUCACAUACUUCGAUAUUGAUGAACUGACGGUGAACGGCCAGUACCAGUGUUUGGCAGAGCUGUCCACCUCCCCGGUCACCGUGUGUCACGGCACAGGCAUUUCCUGUAGCAACGCGCACAACGACGCAGCACACAGCGCCCUCCAGUACAUCAAGAUCAUGGCCUCCAUCAAGUAAACACUACAACAGUCAACAGUCGCUUCACCCACAUUGCCACAUAUAUCAGCUGAUGUCUAGUCAUGAUGAGGCUGUAGAUUGUUCUUCCCUCUUAGUCUUCCUGCCCACGGAUGAUAUGAGGUCAAGGUAUAUUUUUUUAAUUAUGUAAACGUAUAACAAAAGCAGAUCAUGCUCCACAGUAUUUAAAGGUACAUCAACAUGAAUCAUACAACUGUAGAACAAUAUCAGUGAGGAAAUAAGCUCAAUAUUAAGAAUCAAAUCAAAAACUUUGCCAUCAGGCUGUUAGGAUGCCAUAAUGUGUUAGAUAAGACGUCAAAUAUAUUUAAGGAACUUCAUGUGUAAAUGAAGUAGGAACACAACAGUGAAUAUUAUGAAGCACUUCCUCAUGAAUUUUUUAUAUUAAUAGUUUGAACUGUUUUGCUUUAUUUAUUUUUUUCAGUGUUGACAAUUCUUUGCCUUUUUUCAGUCAGUAUGCAGAUGUUCUUAGGUUUCAGUUGACUUAAUUACAUUUUUUAUUCCACAUAGUUUUCCUCUGCAGCGAUGCGUUGAGCUUUAAUUUUCUCCAGAGAUUCCUGCCUUUCUGUUAAACUUCAAUACAAUAGUCGCCUGAAAAUGGAAGUGAAUAGAACAGGAGAGAUUAUUGUAGCUUUUAAAUUUGAAAGAAUGAUCUGCACUUUGAUUGCAACUAAAUUGAAUUUAUUUAUUUUUCGUAUUUUCGUAUUUUCCAUCUGUCAGUAUGCAGUCUACAAUACAACCCCCUCUGUUGUUAUCUGGUCAACUCUCAAAAUAGAUGACGUGUGAAUUUACAUGCCCUUUCCACUGGUCUGUUUUUUUUUUUUUUUUUUUGCAGUUUGCCUCAUAGUACAUAAUAGUAAAACCUAUGAUAUAUUUAAUAAAUUUACUGACUGGUGUCCUCUGCUGUAUGAACUGAACCCUGGUGGAGAAUAAUAGCAGGAACAAUAUGUGUAAAAAUUCAGAAAAUAAACCCAAACACUUAAUGUUAACAAGUGUUGGUUUCUGUGAAUGGUCAAUAGACAGUAUUGAGAGAGCAGAUUGCUGUGAUGCCUUCAGGAGCUGUUGCAAUGUUAUUGAAUGAAAUGUCUCUCGUGGGAGCCGACCACUUGACAGCCAUCAAUUCAUGAGGCAGCACGUUCUGCUGUAUUAGUACAAAGGCAAUUAGAUCAGGGCCUGUGCACUGGUUCAUUCACUCUUGAUCUGUGCGGUUUGAUAAGUAAGACACAAGAAAAAGCUCAAGCUGAUCACACAAAAGAAUGGUAAAAAUAUAUUUAAAAAAUAGUUGGUUUAGUGGCUUGAUCUGAAGUUUUUACAGUGAAUUCUCAGAUUUCCUGCUUGAACAAUUUAAGAGGAAAGCCUUACUAGGAUUUCUCUGACCACACAUUUUUCUUGCUUCUACAUGAAUAGAAUUGGAUAAAAUCUGGCAGAUACUUGUUGCUGAACUUAUUUUUUAUCUCUCCUUUUUAAAAAAGAAAAGUCAACUAAUAUGCAACCUUCCCUAGUUUUAAAAUCUUGACUAAUUCCGCACACAUUACAUAAUUGGAGUUUUUAUAUUUAUUAUAGAUUUUUCUGGUGUAAAAUUGUAGGAAAUUUUGUGUCUGGUCUAGGUGUUAAUUAAUUAAUUUCAAAAGUUUAACUGCUGCACAAAAGAUGUCUUGCACUUCGCUGGAAAAUCCAUUAUCAGUGAAUGUGCACUGGAGGUUUCAAUGUGUGAUCACGUCACAAAAUCAUGCUCGUACGUUCAUGUCUUAAGCUCAGAUUUAAAGGGAGCACAGAGAAACCCUCCCCAUUCCUAGUGUCCAACUGUGCACUGAAUAUCUCUCUGCACAGUGGAACUCAAACAUCCACAUGAAGAGAACAACACAUAUAAUACAUAUGAGAUAAGAGUGGUUUAUCUUGUGAUUUGUGAAGAGUUUUUUUUGUUUGUUUUUUGGGGGGUUUUUUACAAUUAGAGCUGAAUAGAUAAGUUGAUUAAUUGGUAAGUUGAUGGACAGAAAAAUGAACAGUAACUAUUUUGAUAAGUGAUUAAUGGUUUAAGUAAUUUUUCAGGCAGAAGUACCAAGACUUACUAGACAUUUUAAGACAUCAUCUUAGAAACUGGACCGGACAUAUUUCAUUAUUUCCUGUCAUAUUAAAGACAGAAAGAUUAUUUGACACAGCUCCAUUCACAUCGAAAUUUUCAUGUGGAAAGAUUAUUUCAAUCUUAAGACCAUGUCUUUUACAUAUAAACCACUCACUCCUCAUCAGCUGAGUUUUACAGUUUUAUUAGAACAAGCACUAUGUAGCAGCAGUGUACAGUGUUCAUGGAAAGAUAUGUACUUUGUUAAAAUUGCACUUUAGAAGGUACCCAUUAGGAAACAGAUUGGAAAGAAAACUGAGCUGACACUUUGUGAUGCAUGUCAGUCCAAAACAAAAACAAAACAUGAGAGCCCAAUUGAGAAAACAAAAACUUUUUUUUUAAUAAGGCAUCUGCAACAUUCAUUGGCAGGCUAAGUUGUCUAGACAUGCAGGUAGAACAAUGGACGAAGAAAGCAUGAGAAGGUUUCAUGAUUUUUUUUUUUUUUUUUUUUUUCUU